AUUUUCGAUUGCAAUGUUGCGCAGCGUGUUGCUUCGUGGAGUGGCGGCGGCGUCGUCCCGCAAAGCGGCGGCGGCGAUGACCGUGAUGCGACCCUCGUCCAUGCGCUCGUUCUCGUCCGACAACAGUGACGACAACGACUCCAAGAAGUCGACGACGUCGCGAUUCCUCAAACUCGCCGAUCAAAUCGAAGUGUCCGACCAGUUGGCGCCAGGUGAGGAGGAAGUGGAGCUUCCGAACGGAUACGAAGAAGAGUUCUUCAUCGACUUGAACCCUGGGGGAGUCGGUUUGGACGAACAGGACAACAUCCGCAUCUUCGACCAGUACAUGUCGAACCCGUUGGUGUUUACGAUCCACAAGCUCGCGACAGACAACCGAGUGUCCGUGGAGCGCAUUGAAGCGACGAUCGUGUUCCAGGGCAUCGAGCGCGGUCUGUCGAUUGCCGAGUUGCGCGAAAAGGUGUUCAACAUCAAGGAAGCAAAGCAGGCCGAGAUCGCCGAGGGCAUCAAGAACCCCGUGGCAUCGCUCAAGGGUUCCAAGGGCAAGAAGGGCAGCGAGGGCAGCAGCAACUACAUCAACACGACGCGAUCGUUCCACGACGAAGACGAAGAAGUGUCGUUGCUGUCCAACGAAGAGUACGAAGAAGCCAACAAACCCGACCGGUUGCGCGAGCCCAACUUUCUCUUCCUGCGAGACGACAUGAUGGACGAACUGCCGCCCCUCCACCGCCAAUUCCGCAAGCAAAAGGGCACGGACCAACUGACCGUCGCGGAAGCUAUCGCGCUCCAGCGCGGCGCCGAGAACAACAAGGUGACGCUGCUCCCGAGCUUCGCCAAGGGACUCAACCCCACGGGCAAGUGGAAGAUCGCGAUCAAGGACAUCUCGACCAAGAAGGCGCCGCUGUACAUGCGCGACGUCGACGGCAGCUACCGCCUCGCGUCCGACGACGAAGUGGCCAAGCGCACAUGGGUGAAGCGACCUCCGUUCUUCCAAGGCAUCGAACGAUAUGUUUAAGCAUCUUAUUGGACCGAUCAUCACACCCCGAUUAAUUAGACACAACAGAGGACUGUACCAUGGUCAAAAUACAUUGCGUUAUUGCUAAGUUAGUAUAGUAUCGUUCGAGUAAUAUUCAUACUAGUAU